GCUUAGGAUCUACCUAGCGUUAUUUUAGAGACAAAUCGGCCUGGGAAAGGCUAGCUGUUGAAAGGGCGUGGUUUCCAUGAGUUAUAGCUCACUCAUGUGUGCUGGCAGAGCUAGCUAGCUAGCUAAGGCUGGAGAGAAGAGAGACCAUGAGUGGAGAGCUCAUGGAGCUAACGCAGUAUCCACCCGUUCCCGAAGCUACCUCGGAGGAACACCAUGAAGUGGGAGACAGUGACAAUCAGGAGCUCUUUUUGAUUGUCCCACCCAUUGCAUCGGAUGUAGUGGACGUUUACGGUAUAGUAUACGAUUACCAUGGCUACUCAAAGAGUGUCAGUGCAACACUAGUUGGGCGUGGCCUCACCCUGGAUGCUCACGUAGGGUUGGGAAACACUGCAAUGUCAGGAGCAAGGAUGCCACCUCUACUCCCACCCCCCAGCCUAGUUCAAGGCUGCAGUACCUGACAGAGCCUCCUGACAGCUGGCGGCCUCAGCCAAAGUGCCCCAGGUCAUUUAGUGACUGCAUGUUCCAGUGGAUAGGAAAACUGCUGGGUGGGCGGUUCAGACACGAGCCUGAGGAUAUGUUGUGUGGUGACAACCCUUGUCUCUUGUCAGCAACUACACAGACGAUUCUCAAAGAGAGGGUCUUCCAUGACUUGGACCCCAGUGACAUAGUAGACUAUCAUGUGCACAUUGUGGGACACGGUGACUCAGGGUCAAAGUGCUUCAUCAAUGACAAUAUGAAGACGUGGUGGAGACCGUACAAUCGCCUCAAGUCUAUCAUAUUCAUGGCAGCUGCUCAAGCCCCGGACAUGGAAGGAGGUGAUAUGCAGUACAUGUCUCGACUGAUUCGCCUGCUCAAACACUUUGUGCCGGCUUGCAUUCUGAGCAGCAAUCCCUCUGGGGAACAAUAUAGACAUGGGAAGUGCUGUUUGCUUGCAUUUGAUGCGUUUUACGAGAAAAAUGGCAAUGCAAAUCGAAACAAAACAACCCUCUACGUACCCAACGACUACGCGUUCCUUCUUUCUCAAGACCACCCCCAAUACUUCUACUCCGUGGGUUCAGUGAACCCUUAUCGUACAGACGCCCUGAAGGAACUAGAGAGAUGUGCAGAGAAUGGAGUGUCCAUCAUUAAGUGGCUGCCCAAUUCUAUGGGGAUUGACCUCAGAGACUCCCAGUGUCACCCAUUCUACAGAAAGAUGAAGGAGCUAGAUAUGGCGUUGCUUGUGCACAUUGGUGAGGAGCACUCUGUGGACGCUGCCUUUCUGGACAACGAUCUGGGAAACCCUCUACUAUUAAGGGAACCGCUAAAGUUUGGAGUGCGGGUGAUAGCUGCUCACUGUGGUACUGAAGGUCAUGCUGUGGACUUUGAUGCCAGGGACAGACCCAGGAUACCCUGCUUUGAGCUCUUUUUGAGACUAAUGAGGGUGGAUGCAUGGAAAGGCCUACUGUUUGGUGACAUUUCUGCCGUGUGUGCGUUCAGAAGGGUGGAGUAUCUCAAACAGCUAAUGGAGGAAACAACCAUCCACGAUCGACUGGUAUACGGUUCAGACUAUCCUGUUCCUGCCAUCAACCUGGUGGUCCAUACCUCCAAGCUACACAGCGCUAACUUGAUCACAGCUGACGAGAGGGACGCUUUAAACGAGCUGUACGAUUACAACCCACUCCUGUUCGAUCUUGCGUGCAAGAGAUUGCUAUCCUUCAAGGACAAAAAGUUCCCAACGUCUGUGUUCAAAGAGCACACCCUGUUGCCGCCCAUGAGGAAAACACCCUUCAAUACUGGAACCAGUGUCGACCCUGAAAUCAUUCCUGAAAACUACGAUGACUAUCAAGAUGAGAGACCUCCCACCCCAGUGGAGGGUGGGCAGACGCUCUUAGUGGAGGUGGAGAUCCACGAUGACAGUAGCAGCACCGAGGCCACGCCCCUUGAUAACAGUAGAGUCAAUAGUUCCGUGGUCGUUGAUAGGCGACAAGAGGACGGGGAAAUCGAGGUGGAGGAUAGUAAUGAGGAAACAAAGUUAUUGGUAUCACAUAAUCCAUAAUAGUUCAACCUGUGAGAUAUAUAUUCGUAUGUACCACCACCACCACCCAUUUUUAUUUUAUUAUUCGUUACAUAAAUAUUAUUUGAAAUGAAACGUUUAUUAAUACCCAGGAAGUUUUAGUUACAAUGUCAGAAAACUUGUAUAUAGAGCUUGAACUAUUCGUAUGUACCAAACAACCACCCAUUUUUUUUAUUGGUAACAUAAAAUUGAAAUGAAAUGUUAAGUGCCCAGGAAGGUUUUUAGAAAUUA